AGGGACAGCGCGCUAAACCCCCGAGCGCUUCCCGCGGGACCGAGCCGGGCCCGCAGCACGAUCGUGUCGAGGAGAGCCCGUGGGGAGACGGAGCCGGGCACCGGGCCGGGUUCCACAUUCAGAACCGCCGGGCUCGGUCCAUUUCCUGCAGAAAAAUGGAAAUCGCCACCCCUCCAACAUCCAAGUGUAUCAUGUACUGGAAAAGGAAAGUCAAGUCUGAGUACAUGCGUCUGCGGCAGCUCAAGAGGUUCCAGGCGAACAUGGGGGCCAAGGCCCUGUUUGUGGCCAACUUUGCAAAGGUUCAUGAAAAGACUCAGAUCCUGAAUGAAGACUGGAAGAAACUUCGAGUCCAACCAGUGCAGCUGAUGAAGCCAGUCAGUGGGCACCCGUUCCUGAAGCAGUGCACUGUUGAGAGCAUUUUCCCUGGGUUUCCAAGCCAGACACUGUACAUGAGGACCCUGAACACGGUGGCACUGGUGCCCAUUAUGUACUCCUGGUCUCCUCUUCAGCAGAAUUUCAUGGUGGAGGAUGAAACUGUUCUGUGCAAUAUCCCUUACAUGGGAGAUGAAGUGAAGGAAGAAGAUGAAACUUUCAUUGAAGAGCUUAUUAAUAACUAUGAUGGGAAGGUGCAUGGAGAGGAAGAAAUGAUUUCAGGGUCAGUCCUCAUCAGCGAUGCUGUGUUCCUGGAGCUUGUCAAUGCCCUGAAUCAGUAUUCAGAUGAGGAGGAGGAAGGACACAACGAUUCUGAGGUUAAACAGGAGGAUGGGAAAGAGGAGCUGCCAGUCACAAGGAAAAGAAAGCGAAUUGCAGUGGAAGGUAACAAGAAGUGUUCAAAGAAGCGGUUCCCAAAUGACAUGAUAUUCACUGCCAUUUCUUCUAUGUUUCCUGAGUACGGCUUCCCAGAAGAUAUGAAAGAGAGGUACCGGGAGCUCACGGAGGUGUCAGACCCAAACGUGCUGCCGCCUCAGUGCACCCCAAACAUCGACGGCCCGUGCGCCAAGUCAGUCCAGCGGGAGCAGUCCCUGCACUCCUUCCACACCCUCUUCUGCCGCCGCUGCUUCAAAUACGACUGCUUUCUGCAUCCUUUUCAUGCUACUCCUAAUGUGUACAAACGAAAGAAUAGAGAGACCAAGAUUGAGCCAGAUCCUUGUGGAGCAGACUGUUUCCUCUGGCUGGAAGGAGCCAAGGAGUUCGCAGCUCUGCACAAUCCUCGGUCCAAGUGCUCGGGCCGGCGCCGCCGGAGGCACCACGUGGUGGGAGCUUCGUGCUCCAGCGCCCCAACUUCUGCUGUCACCGAGACCAGGGAGGGUGACAGCGACCGUGACACGGGCAACGAGUGGGCCUCCAGCUCCUCGGAGGCAAACUCCCGCUGCCAGACCCCCACCAAGCAGAAGCAGAGCCCGGCCUCCUCCCAGCUGUUUGCGGUGGAGACGCCGCAGGAGCCCGUGGAGUGGACGGGGGCAGAGGAGUCCCUGUUCCGUGUCUUCCAUGGGACCUACUUCAACAACUUCUGCUCCAUCGCCAGGCUGCUGGGAACUAAGACGUGCAGGCAGGUCUUCCAGUUUGCAGUGAAAGAAUCGCUUAUAACGAAACUGCCAACAAACGAAUUAAUGAAUCCAUCCCAGAAGAAGAAAAGGAAGCACAGGCUGUGGGCUGCGCACUGCAGGAAGAUUCAGCUGAAGAAAGAUAAUUCGCCUACCCAGGUGUACAACUACCAGCCCUGUGACCACCCUGAGCACCCCUGUGACAGCUCCUGCCCCUGCAUCAUGACUCAGAAUUUCUGUGAGAAGUUCUGCCAAUGCAACCCUGACUGUCAGAACCGCUUCCCAGGCUGUCGCUGCAAAACCCAGUGCAACACCAAGCAGUGCCCGUGCUACCUGGCUGUGCGGGAGUGUGACCCAGACCUCUGCCUGACCUGUGGGGCUUCAGAGCACUGGGACUGCAAAGUGGUCUCCUGCAAGAACUGCAGCAUCCAGCGGGGUCUCAAGAAGCAUUUGCUGCUGGCACCAUCAGAUGUUGCUGGCUGGGGGACUUUCAUCAAGGAAUCCGUGCAGAAGAACGAGUUCAUCUCUGAGUACUGCGGUGAGCUCAUUUCACAGGAUGAAGCUGACCGGCGAGGGAAGGUCUAUGACAAGUACAUGUCCAGCUUCCUCUUCAACCUCAACAAUGACUUUGUUGUUGAUGCCACCCGCAAAGGAAAUAAAAUCCGCUUUGCAAAUCACUCAGUGAACCCCAACUGCUAUGCCAAAGUUGUGAUGGUAAAUGGUGACCACCGGAUCGGGAUCUUUGCCAAGAGGGCCAUCCAGGCAGGAGAGGAGCUCUUUUUCGAUUACAGGUACAGCCAGGCAGAUGCCCUCAAGUACGUCGGCAUAGAGAGGGAGACAGAUAUCAUCUAAGCUGUGCGUGGGGUGGUCCCAGCACACCUUGCUGCUGCACCUUUUAAGCAAUGCCAUGUUUGCUUCACGCUGACAUGACUGCUGCUCUUCCCCUUGCUGUGUGUGUCACAAGUGCUGCUUUCCAUCCAGACUCCCAGAGACACGCGGGACAGGAGUGUGAGUGGCUGCUGGGGGGGGGUGGUGGCAGCUCUGCCCACAGGCAGUCUGCCAGACUGGGGAGGAGCUCAGACUCCAGGGCAGCUGGGGCUUGGAGAAAAGCUGCCAUGCAGGAGGAGGGGCAGUGAAUUCUUAGGCUCUUUCCAUUUCUGCCAACCACUGGAAGAACAACAGCGAUGAAGGCACUGCCUGCACCCAGAGCUGUGCACAGCAGGGGUAGAGGGGCUGGGGCUCCCUGCAUCCCCAUCCCCUGGGACAGGCUCUGGUCUCAGGUGCCCCUCUCUUGCUGCCUCUUUUGUCCUGAUGACGAGGACAGUGACAGGGUUGGAAGCCAUAGGCUGGACCCUAGGCUGGUGUGUCCCCUCUGCCCCAGGUAGCUGGGGGACAGAGACAGCCCAGCCAUGGGACAGUGCCUGGGGAGGGGGGGAUCAGCACUAUGCAGGAUGUCACUUUGGGCAGGGAUGCCACUGAGCUGGUUAGAGAUGAUGAUGUUCCAGGGGUGCUGCUGCAAGCACAAGUGAGCCCAGGUGUGAACAGAGCCCCAGAGCUGCCUGCCCUGACCUCAGGAAGGCUCCUCCAAAACCCUCUGGGGGUUUCUGAGACCCUGGCCCUAACCCUGGGGAUAAAGGGGAUAUGUUCUCUGGCAGGGUGAGGUUUGGCCUUAGCACCCCAAGAAAUAAAAAGCACUUUAAACUAAUCCUUCUCAGCAGGCAGCUGGGCCCUGUGCAGCACUCAGGGGGUGGAGGGACCCUGGGAGCCCCUCACCCCCUUCAGGGGGGGUUGUGUUUGUCUGGGGGCAUCAUACAGAGGGAGCAGCACUGGGGCCCAGCUCCUUUGGGGAACUGUGGGGUUCCCGCAGCCUAGCCCUAUCCCAGCCCUGUUGUCCCUGAAGGCAGAGGGGAACUGGGUCUGUCCUGGGAGCCUGGCACAGCCCUUCUGUCUGUCAGUCCUGCUGUCUGUGAUGCCCUUCUGGGGCUGGGAGAGUUUUGGUCAGUCUGGAGCAGCGCUUGCACCCCAGCACCUGCCUGAACCCCGCUCCUCCUCACCUCUAUCUGCCCUGACCCCGCUCUCAGCACCACGUCCUCUGCCACUGUGGCUGUAUCUGCACUAUGCCAGGCUUGUGUCUGUGGUUUGUUGACAGUGAAUAAUAAUGCACUUUAAAAUAACAUGGCUUGUAGCCUUUGUCAUAAUAAAGUGGUUCUCCC